ACCCACUGCCUUGCACAUAGUUUUAAACGGAUCAGAGUUACAAUUAACUUAGGCUUGUGGCAUAUUCACCCCUAUUGUUUGAGGCUCUGAAGAGGAAGGCUCCUCCUCCCUUUCCCUCCUCUCCUUGUGGCGUCUGCUGCCCAUAAGCCCUGAUAAGGUGUGUGCAUAAGAUGAAAGCUGAGAAGCUGGGUUUACCCUGAAACCUCCAGCAAAAGUCUGGGGUUUAUGACAGUCACCAAAGCAAAAAAAAAAAAGAAAGAAAAAGUCACCUCUGAGGUCUCAGGACAGGCAAGUUUCACAUGAGCUCUGGGGACCAGCCAGUUUAACACAGUUACCAAGCCAAGUUCCACAGAGGAGCCGAAGAGGUUUUUUUAGCCAUGGAAACCUCAUGCAUGGAAGGGUUCGGGCAGUUCAUGCAGGUCACUCACCAGCCUUGUCUUCAGCCUGCGCUGGGUUCUUCUGGUUUCUCCGUCACUCACUGCGUUUCUCAAAGCUCCAUGCGAGGUUACUGCGCUGGGACGUUCCCAGGCCCUGCUGACCUACCAGCCUACCACCAGGACAAUUACCGCAAUGGAGUCACCAAUGGAGAUUGGUACGGCCAGACGCAGGACGGACCGUACCCACCAAUCUCUAGGUACAUGGGACCGUCUGGAUUUAACAUGCCCAGCACUGGUUGCCUGGGAUAUAUCGGGGAGGUGGCCAAAUCUACCCUCUUCCUCCAGAACACGUCCAGGCGGAAGAGGAGGGUACUGUUCUCUCAGGCUCAGGUUUACGAGCUGGAGAAGAGGUUUGAGCUCCAGAAAUACCUGACUGCUCCUGAGCGGGAGCAUCUGGCCAAGGUCACCCACCUGACCCCCAACCAGGUGAAGAUCUGGUUCCAGAACCACCGCUACAAGAUGAAGCGGCAAGCCAAGCAGCGGGACCUGGAGCAGCCGCAGAGCCCAAUCUCAGCGCUCCACAAGACCUGCGCCAGCAGCCCCGUCACCUCCCACGCUGACUAUGGCUUUGCAGAUCCCGAGCUGGAGAAUAAAUCCACUCCAGAGGCCCACUACGACCUCCCCGGACUUGGGCAAGGUGGUCUCAGAGGCCAAGGCCUGGCCGUGAGCCCCAACACUACUGCACACUGUCAGCCCAAGGCCAACAACAGAAGCCUCAUGUUUAGCAAGUCGUGGUAGCUUCAUUUGUGGGGGGCGGGGGUUAUUUUCCCGAACUGAGAUCAUUCCACAAAUUCAACACGAGUUCACAGAAAAUUUUGCACAAUCCAAAUCUCCAUUUUUCCACCAAAAAAAGAUUGAGUCAAAACCAGCUUUUCCCAGUUCUAAGGCGGCCUGAUGUGCCCCAUUUCACAGCUAGGGAUCUGAGGGCAGAAAUACUUGUUCAAGGUCACACGCGGAGCAGGAGAGGCAGGAACUGAACCCAAGUCUCUAGCCUUCACCAUUAAUUCCCCAAACUUACCUGCCUGCAGGUGUGGGUGGAACUGUGGAGUGGGCUAGACCAGAGCUGCAUCCGCCUCUGAGGGAGCCUUCAGAACUGGCAUGGGAUACGUAGCUAAUGGUGCCUGAUUGCAAAGGUUGAGAAUAGAGACCCCAACGGAGCUGCUCACAACAUACAUCCCAUUUACUCCACUCUGCUCUCUCCAGGGUACAAAGAAUACAAACACGAGGCAUUUCUUUUUACCACAGACACUUUGGUUUGGUGACUGCGUGGCAGCAUUAGCGCAGGACAGAUGGGGCUAGUGACACCUUACCACUUUUGUAAAAUGCUGGGUAUUGCGUUGGUCUUAAAAGUGCCAUUUCUUUUUCACUGUUCAUUUUGGAAAAAAUGAAAAUGUUUUUUCUUUUGUAAUCUCUGCCAAAUUUUUCUGGAUUUUUUUUCAUCCUGAAACAAGCUAAUUUGAAAAAUGUUUUAGAUAAAAAUAUUUGGGUUUCAAAAAAAUAAAAAACAAACAUUUGAACCCCAAACUGACAAUAUUUGCUAAAAAAUGUUCAGGAUUUGGGUUGUUUUUUUUUUUUUGACAAAAACAAACAAACAAAACAAACUCAACCAAUUAUUUAAAGAGAAGGUUAAGGGGUGAUUUGAUUACAAUCUAUAAGUAUCUACAUGAGGGACAAAUAUUUAAUCUAGCAGAGAGAGGUAUAAUGGGAUCCAGUGGCUGGAAGAUGAAGUAGAGAAAUUCAGACUGGAAAUAAGGCACAUUUUUAACAGCGACAGUAAUUAAUCAUUGGAACAAUUUACCCAAGGGUCGUGGUGGAUGCUCCAUCACUUGACACUCUUUAAAUCAAGCUGGGAUGUUUUUCUAAAAGAUCUGCUCCGGGAAUUAUCUUGAGGAAGUCCUCAGGCCUGUAUUUUAAGGGUCAGACUAGAUGAUCACAAUGGUCCCUGCUAGCCACGGAAUCUAUGAAAAAAUAAACAAACAAAAAAACCCCACCACUAGAAAACUAAAUGAAAAUUCUCCGUUCAAAUGUUCAUUCUGGUCUAAAAGCCAUUUUUAUUGGGAAAAUAAACGUUUUUUGUUGUGUUUUUUUAACAGGCUGUAGCUUGGAGAUCUACCGAUAGAAUGCACUGCAUCAGAACUAGAUAUUACAAUUUUAAUAUGAUCACACUCAUCACAUAAUCCUUUUAAUUGUACUUAAUAAUGCUUUCCAAAUCCAUUUAUUUAUUCGCCUUUAAAGAAAAAUGUAGAUUGGAAAAAAUCUAUUGGUUAUUUUUUAACUUGAUAAUUUCAUUUCUUAGAAUAACAUUGAAAAUCAGGGACAGUCUACACACUUGCAGUUGGAAUCUCCCUGUGUACUUAUAUUAUAUAUAUAUUUAAAAUCACACCUGUGUUUAUAUUUUAUAACUUCUUUAGAGACAGGUAAAAGGCAAAGAGUUAAAUAAAAUAUUGCUCCCUUGCUUAAAAAAACUGCUAUUCUGGUUGUAUU